AUGAAGGAGCUCAAGGAGUCGCCUCCGGCUUCGGCCGCCGCGGGUAGACAGGCAGGGGAGGAUGACCUCGCGUCCUCGUCGUUUUCCGACGCUCCGUCGAGAGGGGAGCCGGUGGGCGAGAAUUUGGACGACCUGCUGGCAGGGCUGGGCUCGCCGCCGGCGCCGCCCGUUUCGCGAGGGGUAGCGGGGCGGCAGCAGCAGCAGCAACCGCCACCUAAAUCGACCGCGGCCGUGUUUGAUGAUCAGGAGUUCGAGGAUUUGUUGGCCGGGCUGGAGAGCAGCUCGCCGCCGCCGGCGGCGGCGGCAAGACAGUCGUCGUCGCCCAGGGGCACGGGGGGGGGCGCGAACAGAAGUGGCGACCUCGAGGACGAUUUGCUGCCGGCUUGGGGAGAAGGCAGGGGUAUCGGCAUAGGCGGCAGUGGUGCUGCCGGCUCGUCGCCGGUUGCCGCUGGCCCUAGGCGGGGCCCGGCGGGGACGGCGCCGCCGCCGCGCGCGGGUGGGGUUGACAGGGACUUCGAGGAGCUUCUGGCCGGGCUGGAGAGGGGGGAGGGGUUGGAUGCGGCCGCCGCCGCCGCUUCCGCGUCAUCGCCGUUGCCGUUGCCGGACGUGGAGGAGAGCUUCGACGAAAUCGACGAUCUCUUCUCGGGCCUUGGGCAAAUGGGCGCCAAGUCCAACAGCAAGGCGAACGGCCCGUCCAAGAGCCCGCCGAGGCCAAUCAACGGAAGAGGGGGGGAAGCGAUGGCAAGAGGGGUGCAGGCGGGCGAGGCCAUCAUCAAUGAGCUGCUGAAGUCUGGAAUGUCCACUGGUGGUGUUGAUGGUGACAGAGUUUCUUCGACGGCGCCCAGGAACCCCCGUCAAACCAUUCCCCAGAACGGACCAAGGAACGGUCCUCGGAUCGUCUCGCCGCAGGAGAGGGAGCAGUUCCGGCGAAAGCAGCAGCAGCAGCAGCAGCAGCAGCGACAGGCUUCUCCGCCCCAGCGGACCGCUCAGCAGACCGUUUCGCGAACGUCUCCCCCUCCUCCUCUUCGAGCCGUCCCUCCGCGUCCGGCUGCUGUGGCUCCCGCGAACACCGCUGCAGGCGCUGCCGCGGGGGUGGAUUCAGGGAGCGAUACCGCAAAGCCGUUCUUCUCGGACUUUGACCUGCUCCCCCCGAUUCCGGGGGAAAGAAGCAGGGCGGAAGGAGGACAAGAUCAGGGAGGCAGCGGUGGCAGACGGCAAGAGCGACAACGCGGGCCGGCCCCGCAAAACGCGGGUAGCCUCGGAAACCAGGAACGGUCCGAGAACCGUUCGGCGGAAGGCCGGCCGCCGGCCAAAGAACGUCUCCCUGCGGUGCCGCAGGCACCGGCACCGGCGCCGGCAUCAGCCGCAGAUUUUGCCCCGAAGGACGACUUCGGAAACCUGGACGCGAUAUUGGGGGAGCCGUUGGCAGGGGAUGAAGCCGCGUCAUUCGGCGGCGCCGUUGGUAGUCCUGCUUCUCCAGCCGCUUCCAGCAGUGGCAGUAGUGGGGUAGAGGAGCAUGGGGACGGGGGCGAUGGGGCAUCGGGUGGCGUUGGUGGUGGCGGCGCCGGCAGCGGUGGAGACGCAGCUAAGGCGGAGGUGGAAUCCAUGAAGGUUCCGGAGCUGAAGGCCAGGUGCAAGGCCCUGGGUCUGAAAGUCGGCGGGAGGAAGGCCGAGCUGCAGGCGCGGAUCCUCGAGGCACUUUAAUUUUUUUUUUUUUGCUUUGAUGCAUGUGGAUUACUUCGGUCGUCGAUAGCGUAGGUAGACGGAGGUACAUUAGUACGCAGAGUUUGGCGGCUCCGUGUCAUGUGUUUGUUUGCGGGGGUGGUAAUGUUUUCUUCGACGGUCGAGCCUACCUUCAGUCAAUCACCGGGGAGUUGUUCUGAUUGUUGUGGAUGAGUAUGGAAUUAUAGAACAGGAAAGGUGGCGCGAAGUUCCUGAUUGAAAAAAAUAAAGUACGGUGAAAUGUAAUUCUCAGGAUGACCGAAGACGGCAUGCAGUUUCUGAUUGGUCAAGCGGCGAAUAAUUGUUUCCUGCGAACACCGUAGGCGGCACGCAGGUUUCUCAUGGUAAUAGCGCCAAGUCUG